UUUUUAUUUGGUUAUGAAGAUGUCAAUCUUACCAUUGCCAUCCAUUAUUAAAUGACCAAACUUUAUUCUCUUAACUUACGUUGCAUGAUGAGUCUCUAGGCCUUUUAUAUAAAGACAGACAUCCCAAGAAAGCUAUAGAUACCCCCCAUUGCCAUUAACAACAACCAACUGGUUGGUUAUUACCAGAAACUAGAGAGAGAAAGAGAGAGAGAGAGAGAGAGAGAGAGAGAGAGAGAGGGAUCAAGAGGGUGCCCUUUUUUUCCAGUCCUUAGUCGAAAGCCCCCGGCGAAGGCCAAGGUUUUCCGACGACAAGUGAACGAACGAUCGAUCGAUCCAUCGGUGGAAUCGGGAGAAAUGGCAUUCAUAAGUGAAGAUAUGAUCAAGCAACUUCAAGCCCAGAUGGAAAAGGUUGAUGAACCCCUCAAGAAAAGCUUCUUGAAUGUACACAACGGCUACCAAAGGGAGAAUUUGGUGAGGUUUCUUAAGGCGCGGGAUGGCAACGUAGCGGAUGCCUAUCAAAUGCUUCUCGAUUGUUUAAACUGGAGGAUCGAGAAUGAGAUCGACGACAUACUAGAGAAGCCUAUUCUCCCGAACGAUGUUUACCGUGCAGUCCGGGAAUCCCAGCUGAUCGGAAUGUCCGGAUACUCCGAGGAGGGUCUUCCCGUCAUUGCCGUUGGCGUUGGGCUCAGUACGUACGACAAAGCUUCUAUUCAUCACUACGUCCAGUCACACAUCCAGAUCAACGAAUACAGGGAUCGCGUCGUCCUGCCUUCUGCUUCAAAGAAACACCGGCGAUACAUUGGCACCUGCAUAAAGAUUCUGGACAUGACUGGCCUUAAGCUUUCUGCACUCAACCAAAUCAAGCUCCUGUCCGCAAUAUCAACCAUCGAUGACCUGAACUAUCCCGAGAAGACAGAAACCUACUACAUCGUCAAUGCUCCCUACAUCUUCUCCGCAUGUUGGAAGACCGUUAAGCCUCUCUUGCAGGAGAGGACACGGAAGAAAGUUCAGGUGCUUCCAGGCUCUGGAAGAGAUGACUUGUUGAAGAUCAUGGAAUACGAAUCCCUCCCGCAUUUUUGUCGAGGGCCAAGCGCAGGAGGGUCAUCCCGGCAUCGCAAGAAUGGCACGAUCAGCGAUUGUUUCUCCCUCGACCAUCCAUUCCAUCAGCAGCUUUACAGCCACGUCAAGGAGCAAGCCGAUCGUGCUCAGUCAGUUCCUCCAGGUUCCGUCCACGUGGAGUACCCUGAGCCUGAUCCUGAAGACGUGAAAAUAGCACAAACUAUAGAAUCGGAAUUUCACAGACUCGACAAUGAAAACAGGACAUCCGACUUGUUACACGAGCUCAAGAUCAGUGACUGAUUACCUGGUACAAGUAGUUUAUAGCCCUUCGAUUCAGUCCACAGCAGCUUACAUUAUCAUAAUGCUGCCUUCAUGCUCGUUCGCCCAUCUGUAACCUGCUACUGAGACGAUUAUCGGGCAAUGACAUAUAUGCAUUCAUUAGUACUUAAAUGUACAACAAAG